AUGGACAGCCUCGCGGGCAUCUAUCAAUUCGCAUUUGUUUCUCCCUUUCGAAAUACAGCUUUCGUGGCUCUAUCGGACGAGGGAAAUGAUGCCUCGUCACAAAGAUUGCUGUGGCAGUCCCGCACCCAACAUGUGGCAUCUUUCAUCGGCCAAGGAUAUCUCCAUUUAGCUCUUUUGGGCGUUUCCGUAUCUGUAAUAUCUCUACAGGUAUUAUUUAGCUAUAGACAACGGUGGUGGAAGAAACAACAAAAGAUUAUUGAUGACGCCGAAGCCGCCCAUUCCGUGCAGUUCUAUACACCGACUCUGUACACCUUGGCGCAAUUAUUUUUUGUUAUUGCCUCACUUGCUGUUAACAUUGUCGCUACCGUUACGCAAUCCACGAGCUGGGUGACGUCCCUACUUUUUGGAUAUACAGCCAUCUUGGGUGUGUCUCGAUAUACAUGGGAUCCCACUACGCAAUAUCACAUCCACCGUCACGUUACAAGCAUCACGGUGGUUGCCACAGUGUUGUCAUUUUUGCAAACAUUCUCGCCGUUGGUCGUCAUUGGAUCAACGCACCGGCCGACUUUUAUUGAAAUUGCUUCAUUCGCUUGUCUAGCUGCAGCAAGCUGGGUUCCUCUUAUCGCCCCGAAUCCACAGCGAAUCCCCGCGCAAGAACCGUACGGACAAGAAGGUUAUCUAUGCCUGACAGAAAAGGCUUCUCUGGAGGAGACCUGCUCACCCAUCUCUUAUUAUUGGACCUAUGAAUGGGUGACUUAUCUGAUCCUCCGGGCGGCCCGUCGAGAGAUCGUUAUCGAAGAUCUGCCCACCCUGCCUUCGUACGAUGCGCCAGAUAAAUGGGCAAAAGCGAUUCGCAAACAACGAAAACGGGGAGGCAAGACCUUCUUUAUUCUAUGUCGAUUGCUGACUAAAGAUAUCAAGGCCAUCAUUCAGUGGUCAGUCUAUACCGCGUUCGUCGAGUUUCUCUCUCCAAUUGGCCUUGUGAAUCUCUUAAAGUAUCUUCAAAGCCCCUCAGAGGCCAUUUUUCACCCUACUCUAUGGAUUGCCUUGCUCUUCAUCGGCCCGACAACUCGCUCACUGUGUUUCCAACGUUACAUCUUUAUCGCGACCAGAGUGAUUGUUAGAAUACACAUGUCACUUGUACAAGAGAUUUACCAUACCGCAAUCCAGUCUCAUCUCUACGAUUCCUCGAUUGCGGAGAAGAACGUAGACCAGCAUAGUGGUAACGUAACUGAAAAGGAUGCUUCCAAGACCAGACAGGCAGACAUCACCACGCUCAUGUCGUCUGACGUGGACUCAAUCUACAAUUCGCGCGAAAUAUUUUUCGUCCCUAUAACUGGCACAAUCACUGUAACGAUUGCCGUCUUAUUCCUAUACCGCUUGCUUGGUUGGCCUUCUCUAGUUGGGGUUGUAACUUUGUUUCUGUGCAGUCCCUUGCCCACCCUCACCUCACGCCGUGUAUCUCACAUACAAAGAUCGGUCAUGCGGGCCACCGAUGCUAGGAUUUCUAGGAUCACCGAGUACCUUGGCUCUAUCCGAACUCUCAAGUAUUUUGGCUGGGAACCAGCUAUAGAAAGACAAAUCAGCGCUCUUCGACAAGUCGAGCAGGACCGGACCUGGAAGCGCAAUUUGAUGGCGGCCAUCAUCUCUCUUUCUGGCGACUUCUUGCCCAUGAUGAGUUUGCUGGCCACCUUCUCGACCGUUGCUCUUUUCACCGACACGCCCCUUGAUGCUCCAAGGGCCUUUACGUCGUUGUCGAUCAUGGAAAUCCUACGCUCCCAGUGCGUGUGGAUGGCUAACAUCGUGCGUAAUGCAUCGCAGGGUAUCGAGUCUCUUCGCCGCAUGGACCGGUUCUUUGACUCUGCUGUCGAGAUCAAACGUCACCCCCAGGGGCCGCCCGAGUUCAAGAACGCAACGUUCCGUCGAACGCCUGUCGCUACUUUUCGGCUGCAGGAUAUUUCAACCUCCUUUGUGGAAAAUGCAUUGAAUGUCGUUACCGGUCCGACAGGAUGCGGCAAGACAUCCUUGCUUUUGUCUCUACUCGGGGAGACUAUUCACGAGUCUGGUACGGCAACAUGUCCGCGUGAUGUGGCAUAUGUUCCCCAGACUGCCUGGUUACAAAAUGACUCUGUACGCCAGAAUAUCCUGUUCUACAGUCCAUUUGAUCAAAAUCGCUAUGAUGCUGUUGUCUCGGCGUGUGGCCUUCUCCCGGAUCUGGAACAGCUUCCUGAUGGUGAUUCGACUAUCGUGGGUGAAAGGGGUACCAGUUUGUCUGGAGGCCAGAAACAGCGAGUCUCGUUGGCAAGGGCAGUGUAUUCUCAGACAUCAACCUUGCUUCUAGAUGACAUUUUUUCGGCCCUCGACACACAUACCACGGCGUUUGUAUAUGACCAAUGCUUUCGUCGAGGACUCCUUGCUGGACGUACGGUGAUUCUGGUGACUCACCUACCUUCGGCUCUCCAAGAUGCUCGGAUGGUGGUCAAUAUGGAACAAGGGACUGUAGCUUCGAUUGAGAUGAGAGAAGAAGAAAUAUCAGCAUCCUCAAGCGCCAGCACAUUUUCAACUGAAUUAGCUGCAGUCGGAUUGAACUCUGCACCGGGAGCUAAGGUGGAAGCUGGUAAAGCACCUCAGCCUAACAAAUCUAUUGCCGUAAACGCAUCCGCAGACCAGAAAGAACAUACAUCUUCGCGCCUGGUAGAGGAGCAAUCUUCAACAGGGCGUAUCCCGCGGGCUCUGGUGCUGGAAUACUUGCUCAAAUUUGGAGGCUAUCCAUUUGUUGUCGGCGCGAUGCUGUCCACGUUACUAGUGCAAACCACCUACUUUUCGGUCACAUACUGGCUGUCGGUUUGGGCAGAUGCAUAUGACGGUAGGAGUAUUAGUGACAUCAACGUCGGAUUUUACCUCUCUGUCUAUGCAAUUGCCAUUCUGUCCUACCUGUUAUUCCAGUUUUGCAAUAUCGUUUUCUUCCAGGCCGGUGGCUGGAGGGCAGCCAAAAUGAUGCACAACCAACUGUUACACGCUAUUCUCUACGCUCCGGUAUCAUGGUUCGAUCAGAAUCCCAUCGGACGAGCGAUCAACCGAUGCGGUAACGAUACGAGAUCCCUAGAUGCAGUUUUGCCCGAUUACUCUCUCAGGGUGAUGGACAGCUGUCUCCGCUUUUUGAUGCGUAUUGCGAGUAUCGCUUUUGUCAUCCCAAUCUUUGCUGUACCAGCCUGCAUUGUAUGCUGCAUUGGCUUCAUCAUCGGUGAACUGUAUACACGCACCCAAGUCGCCGUUCGACGGCUCUGUUCGGUAAAUGUGUCGCCAAUUUUCAUACACUUUACCGACAGUGUGGCUGGAAUGAGUGUCAUUCGGGCCCGGAGCGGCAUGGACCAACGGUUCCAAGGCUUACUGGCAGAAAGGGUUGCAGUAUAUGCGCGUGCCAUGGAGGCACAGUUCAAUUCAAACCGCUGGGUGUCGAUUCGAUCUGAUUUAUGCGCCGCAACAGUCACCACAGUGGCGGGAAUUCUGGCUUAUACUAGCAAUGGGGAUCCCGGCUUGGUUGGGUUUUCGUUGUCGAAUGCAGUCGGGCUCGGCCAAGCGAUUCUCAUGCUUGUUCGUACAAUGAACGAGCUGGAAGUAGAACUCAACUCCUUUCAACGAGUCAAAGAAUAUGUCAGCAUCGAGCCGGAAGAAGCUGAUGCCGCGUUGCAACCACGGCAAUUGCCACCGGCUCACUGGCCAUCGUCCGGCCAGGUCGAGUUCCACAACGUGACAGCGCGAUACCACAAUGGACCUAACGUCCUGCGAGAUGUCAGCUUCGUCGCGCGACCUGGCGAGCGCAUUGGAAUCGUCGGCCGUACAGGCAGCGGAAAAAGCACGACAGGGCUGUCUUUGCUCCGAUUUACGGACCUCGUAUCAGGAAGCAUCACGAUCGACGGUGUCGACAUCACCACAAUACCGCUGAACCGGCUGCGCACCAGUGUUGCGCUAAUCCCACAGGACCCUGUUCUUUUCUCCGGUGAUGUGCAGUCAAACCUUGAUCCUUUCGGCGAACUGGGUGAGACUGAACUGCAGGCCGCGUUAUCGGCAUGUUGCACGUCCAUCCAUAUCACCACCAGUCUCGACGAUGAGAACAGCAACAACAACAACAACACCACUACAGCCUUGAGGCUUGAUACCCCAGUUGCCGUGAACGGCGAGAAUUUCAGCCAGGGUCAACGGCAAGUCCUUGGACUGGCGCGUGCAGUCAGCCGUCGCGCGAAGGUGGUGCUGCUCGAUGAGGCGACUGCAUCGGUCGACCAGGAGACAGAUGAGCAUAUCCAGAAGCUUAUUCGGUCCGAGUUCGCGGACUCGACCAUCAUUGCGAUUGCGCAUCGGCUGAGAACGAUUGUUGAUUAUGACCGGGUGAUUGUCAUGGGCGGAGGGGAGGUGCUUGAAACUGGUACCCCGGCUGAGCUUAUUGCGCGCAAUGGCGUGUUUUGCGAUAUGCUGCGCAAUACUGGUGAAUACGCAGAGCUCGUGCGUAUAGUCGAGCAGAAAUAG